CUCUCUCCCUUUCAUUCUCUCUCUACUGCUCUCUCAGCUCCAGCUUGGUCGGGACCCCCUCCCCACCCACUUUAUAAAGAGAGCGAAAGUAGCGUUCUUGGUUUUCCUCUCUCCGUCGCUCUCUCUUUCUUAUUCUACUGUAAGUUCCUUUCUUUCAAUUUCAAAUAUUUCACCUGAAUCUAAUGCUCUGCCACUCUAAAUCUCAAUCGAUAGUGAUAGGGCCUACUGUUGAGCUCAACGGUCUGUGACUUCAAGCAUCAACACUCUCUCUCUCUCCAUGGGUCUGAUCUCGAACGACGCGCUGUGUUUAUUUAUGGAUAGUGGAGUCUCGGAUCUUUUCCUUUUGGGGUGCAAGUUCGAGUGAAUUUACGCAAAUGCCUCUCCCGUGAACUCCUUUAGGUUUCAUUUUGAGCUACUGUUCAAAGAUCGCCUACUGUGAGGAAUGACCUUAAUUAGUAAAUAGAGAGGCGGAGCAAUGGCUUUAGGUUGUUUAGUUAGGCUUCUUGUUGCACUCCAUAGCUUUAGAGUUUUUGUUCCCUAAAAUUUAUUUAUGCUGGGUAUGUUGGUAUGCCCAUGAAUGAGGGCUAGGGUUGCAUAAAUAUCUCUAUAGUCAGAAAUAAUCCCCGUCAAAAAGAAAUAAACAAGAAAAGAAAGAGAUAAAGGAAAGGUGGAUAUGAAGCUUUCAACAUCGGGGUUGAGUCAGCUGGAUCAUGAAGGAGGAACAGGGGAGAAGAAAAGCUUAAAUUCGGAGCUGUGGCAUGCUUGUGCUGGACCGCUGGUGUCCCUACCGACGCCGGGGACCCGUGUCGUCUACUUCCCUCAGGGCCAUAGCGAGCAGGUUGCUGCCACUACUAACAAAGAAGUUGAUGGACACAUUCCCAAUUACCCGAGCUUGCCAGCCCAGUUGAUUUGUCAACUCCAUAAUGUCACAAUGCAUGCUGAUGUGGAAACGGAUGAAGUAUAUGCGCAAAUGACAUUACAGCCUUUGACGCCGGAAGAACAAAAGGAUACGUUCCUCCCUAUGGAAUUGGGGAUUCCAAGCAAGCAGCCUGCCAAUUACUUUUGCAAGACAUUGACAGCGAGUGACACAAGUACCCAUGGAGGGUUCUCCGUUCCUCGUCGUGCUGCUGAGAAAGUUUUCCCUCCACUGGUAGUGUCCGUUACUUCACUUCUUUUUGUUUUGAUUCUAAGUGGGAUGUUGUUGCAUUUUCUUUUUAUUUUGGUCCUGCAGGAUUUCUCACAACAGCCACCAGCUCAGGAACUUAUCGCAAGGGAUCUCCAUGAUGUCGAGUGGAAGUUUAGGCAUAUUUUUCGAGGACAGCCAAAACGUCAUCUUCUUACUACAGGCUGGAGUGUGUUUGUAAGUGCCAAAAGACUUGUUGCAGGGGAUUCUGUUCUCUUCAUCUGGAAUGAAAAAAAUCAGCUACUUUUGGGAAUUCGCCGUGCCACUCGACCACAAACUGUGAUGCCAUCAUCUGUUUUAUCGAGUGAUAGCAUGCACAUUGGACUCCUAGCUGCUGCUGCUCAUGCUGCUGCAACCAAUAGCUGUUUUACUAUUUUCUAUAACCCAAGGGCCAGUCCGUCUGAGUUUGUUGUACCCCUUUCAAAGUAUGUUAAAACUGUAUAUCACACACGUGUAUCAGUUGGGAUGCGUUUCCGGAUGCUUUUUGAGACUGAAGAGUCGAGUGUCAGAAGGUACAUGGGUACAAUAACUGGAAUAAGUGAUCUGGAUCCUGUCCGUUGGCCAAAUUCUCAUUGGAGAUCUGUCAAGGUUGGUUGGGAUGAGUCAACAGCUGGUGAGAGGCAGCCGAGGGUGUCUUUGUGGGAAAUUGAACCUUUAACAACUUUCCCCAUGUAUCCAUCAUUGUUUCCCCUGAGACUUAAACGCCCCUGGCAUCCUGGGGUCUCAUCUUUGCAUGAUAGCAGGGAUGAAGGAACUAACAAUGGGUUGAUGUGGUUAAGGGGUGGAACUGGAGAACAUGGAGUCAACUCCCUAAAUUUUCAGGGUGUUGGUUUGUUUCCCUGGAUGCAGCAGAGACUGGACCCAACUUUGUUUGGAAAUGAUCAUAAUCAGCAGUACCAAGCUAUGUUGGCUGCUGGAAUGCAGAACCUAGGAAGUGGAGAUCUCCUGAGGCAACAAAUUAUGCAAUUUCAGCAGCCCUUGUAUUUUCAACAGCGAGAGAGCCAUACUUCACUCUUGCAGCAGCAGCAGCAACAACAACAACAACAACCGGAGGCAUUUACCCAAACCUUGCCUCGUAACAUCCUGCAGGCACAAACCCAAGUCUUAACAGAGAACAUACCCCAGCACCUUAUACAGCAACCUCUUAACAACCAACAAGAAGAACAGGCACGACAGCAGCAACAUGCCUUUCAGAAUACGGUUCACAUCCGAAGUGAUCAGCUGCAUCAAAGACUGCAGUCAAAUGUGCCUUCUUCAUCUUUUGCAAAAGCAGACUUCAUGGAUCCAAGCACAAAGUUCUCAGCAUCUAUUCCCCCUAGACAGAAUAUGGUCGGUUCAUUCUGUCCUGAAGGGAGUAGCAAUUUUUUGAACUUCUCCAGAGUUGGUCAGUCUAUGCUAGCUGAACAGUUACCCCAACAAUCCUGGGUCUCUAAGUACACACAUUCACAGACUAAUGCUUAUGCCAAUUCAAUGUCACAAACACCAUAUCCUGGGAAAGAUGCUAAUGAAGAGCCAGAGAAUUGCAAUUCUGAUUCCCAGAAUCCUACUCUUUUUGGUGUUAAUAUCGAUUCAUCAGGGCUUCUACUCCCUACCACCUUGCCCACUUUUGCUACUUCAGUUGAUGCUGAUGUGACAUCUAUGCCAUUAGGGGAUUCCGGAUUUCAGAGUUCCCUGUAUGGUUCGGUGCAAGACUCUUCUGAGUUGUUGCGGAGUGCAGGGCAAGUUGACCCACCAACCCCAUCUCGGACAUUUGUCAAGGUUUAUAAAUCAGGGUCCGUUGGGCGCUCACUGGACAUCUCCCGGUUCAGCAGCUAUAAUGAGCUGCGAGAGGAGCUGGCUCAGAUGUUUGGAAUUGAGGGGAGGAUGUCGGAAGGCCCUCUUAGAUCAGGCUGGCAGCUUGUAUUUGUUGACAGGGAGAAUGAUGUGCUUCUCCUUGGAGACGACCCAUGGGAUGCGUUUGUCAAUAAUGUUUGGUACAUCAAGAUACUUUCACCUGAUGAUGUCCAUAAAAUGGGAGAGCAAGCAGUUGAAUCCUUCAGCCCACAUGUGGCUCAGAGGCUGAACAACGGUGGUGAAGUUCAAGACCUUGUCCCAGGGUUACCGUCUCCUGGCAUGCUUGAGUACUGAGGUGAACAAAAGCAUUUGGACAGCUCCCUCACAUCGUUCCAAGUUUAAUCCAAAUAUUGGAUCUAUUAGUUUGGUGCCUGACACUCGUUAUUCUAUCUAAAUUUGUCCCAAAAUUAUACUGUACGACUCUUUCUAUAAGACUAGUUUAAUGGGCCCGACUUCUGUGGAGGAAAAAAAAAAAAAAACAAAAUGCUAGCUCGCUACCUUCAAGAAAACUCCGAGGACUGAAUUUCUAUCAAAAUCUGAACUCAUGCCCUGAAACAAUAUCGAUGGUACCGUUAUUAUGAAAGUAGUAGUGGAUUCUCACGGUUUAGUGCAA